GUGGGGGGAGGGGGGAAUAGCUCGGCGCCCGGACGCUUCGCAGACUAUUUCGUUAUCAGCGGUCUGGAUACCGACACCGGGCUGGAACCGGACGAGCUCUCCGCCCUGUGUGAUUACAUUCGCGCCUCUAGAGACAGAGAUGGCCUUGGACGGUUCCAGUCCUCCUCUACUGACCCUGAAAACUUCGAGCAGACCCCCCUCAGGCGCACUUUUAAGUCGAAGGUCCUGGCACGAUAUCCUGAAAAUGUGGAGUGGAAUGCGUUUGACCAGGACGCGGUGGGCAUGCUGUGUAUGCCCAAGGGCUUGUCAUUCAAGACUCUGCCGACUGCGGAGCCUCAGUUCCACUCCUUCAUCAUCACCCGGAGGACCUCCAGGACCUUCGUUUUGCUCUCAACCUUCUUUGAGGAGGUCACUAGCAAGCAGAUCUGUAGCGCCAUGCAAACCUUGUACCACAUGCACAACGCAGAGUAUGACAUCAUCCACAUGUCCGCCACCAACGGCGGGACAGACUGCGCCGAGGACUGCAGCGACUCCUCUGUGACCAAACUGCAGAGGUUCAACUCCUACGACAUCACCCGCGAUACCUUGUAUGUCUCCAAGUGCAUAUGUCUCAUCGCCCCCAUGUCCUUCACGACGGCGUGUAAGAGUCUUGAGCAGCUCCACCAGGCCGUCACCUCCGCCCAGCCCCCGCCGCUGCCGCUGGAGAGCUACAUCUACAACAUCCUUUACGAAGUCCCUCUGCCGCCCGCCGGGAGGUCCUUGAAGUUUUCAGGGGUCUACGGGUCAAUCAUAUGUCAUCGGGCCGAGCACCAAUGAGUUACCGCUCUUGUACUUUCCGUAAAAGAGGUUUUUGAAUUACUUGGUGUAGAAAAUGUAGUUCAGCUCUUCACCUGCGCCCUGCUGGAACUCCAGAUCCUGCUGUACUCACAGCAUUACCAGAGGUUGAUGACGGUGGCGGAGACCAUCACCGGCCUCAUGUUUCCGUUCCAGUGGCAGCACGUCUACGUCCCCAUUCUGCCAGCGUCACAUCCUGCACUUUCUGGACGCUCCGUGCCAUAUUUGAUGGGUUUACACUCCAACGGUUUGGAUGACAGGUCGAAGCUGGAGCUGCCGCAGGAGGCCAACCUCUGCUGUGACAUUGACAACCAUUUCAUUGAGUUACCAGAAGAUCUCCCCCAGUUCCCUAACAAGCUGGAGUUCAUCCAGGAGGUGUCUGAGGGUCCUCAUGUCCUUCGGCAUCCCCCCCGAGGGAACCUGCACUGCUGCGAAAGCGUCUCCAAGCUGAAGAACCUGAAGAGCGCCGACCUGUGGUCCGACAAGAAGAACGGGAACCUGGCCGGGUCACCCCUCAAUUCUUUCGAACUUUUGAAGGAGAAUGAAACCUUGGCACGAAUCCAGGCACUGGAGAGGACGGGCGUGAGCUUGGAGAAGGUGGAAGUUAAAGAAGAGACGACUGAUAAGAAGGAGGCGAAAUUCCAGUGUGAUGAGGAGGAACUCCGCAUCCAUCAGCUGAACAUCCACGUUCGAGAAGUAUUUGCUAACCGCUUCACCCAGAUGUUUGCCGACUACGAAGUGUUUGUCAUCCAGCCGAGCCAAGACAAGGAGUCGUGGUUCACAAACCGCGAGCAGAUGCAGAACUACGACAAGGCCUCCUUCCUCUCCGACCAGCCAGAGCCGUACUUGCCUUUUCUGUCACGUUUCUUAGAGACACAGAUGUUUGCCUCCUUCAUUGAUAAUAAGAUCAUGUGCCACGAAGAUGACGAUAAAGACCCGAUUUUACGUGUUUUUGACGCAAGAGUAGACAAGAUCCGACUGCUAAAUGUCCGGACGCCGACCCUGCGCACGUCCAUGUACCAGAAGUGCACCGCCUUUGAGGAGCAGGAGAGAGCCAUUGAGCUGCGACUCUCCAAGAUUGAUCACACCGCCAUCCACCCUCAUCUUUUGGAUAUGAAGAUUGGACAGGGGAAGUAUGAGCCGGGGUUCUUCCCUAAGCUGCAGUUUGAUGUGUUGUCCACAGGACCGGCAACCAACAAGUGGACAAAGAGGAACGCUCCAGCACAAUGGAGACGGAAGGACAGACAGAAGCAGCACACAGAGCACCUGAGACUGGAUAAUGACCAGAGGGAGAAAUACAUCCAGGAGGCGAGGAGUAUGGGCAGCAGCAUCCGGCAGCCCAAGCUGUCGAACCUCUCUCCCUCUGUCAUUGCUCAGACUAACUGGAAGUUUGUAGAAGGUUUGCUGAAGGAGUGCCGUAACAAGACUAAGAGGAUGCUGGUGGAGAAGAUGGGUCGGGAGGCGGUGGAACUGGGCCACGGCGAGGUCAGUAUAACGGGCGUGGAGGAGAACACGUUGAUCGCCAGCCUCUGUGAUCUUCUGGAACGCAUCUGGAGCCACGGCCUUCUUGUGAAGCAGGGGAAGUCGGCCUUGUGGUCCCAUCUGUUACAUUACCAGGACAACAGGAGGAGGAUGGUGGCCGGGAGCCUCGGACACACAGUUUUGUUUUUAGAUAUAGAAAGACGGAAAUCCGAUCCCAACCCAGUGAUGGCUCCGAUGAAGAUCUCUCUUGUCCAGGACAUGUUGCACAUUCAGAACAUUGGGGAGAUAAAGACUGAUGUGGGGAAGGCUCGAGCCUGGGUCAGAUUGUCCAUGGAGAAGAAACUUCUGUCCAGACACUUGAAGCAGCUUCUGUUGGAUCAUGAAUUAACCAAAAAAUUAUACAAGCGCUACGCCUUCCUGCGAUGUGAUGAUGAGAAGGAGCAGUUCCUUUACCAUCUUCUCUCCUUCAAUGCCGUUGAUUAUUUUUGUUUCACCAAUGUCUUCACAACAAUAAUGAUCCCCUACCACAUCCUCAUCGUUCCCAGCAAGAAGCUUGGGGGCUCCAUGUUCACUGCCAACCCCUGGAUCUGUAUCUCGGGAGAGAUGGGCGAGACGGGCGUGCUGCAGGUUCCCAGGAGUAUCUUGGAGAUGACUUACGAGUGCCAGAACCUCGGCAAGCUGACAACCGUGCAGAUCGGGCACGACAACUCUGGGCUGUAUGCCAAGUGGCUGGUGGAGUAUGUUAUGGUCCGGAACGAGAUUACAGGCCACACGUACAAGUUCCCUUGCGGCCGAUGGUUGGGGAAGGGGAUGGAUGAUGGGAGUUUGGAGAGGGUUUUAGUUGGAGAUCUUCUCACAUCCACGCCAGACACUGAAGAAAGACCCUGCCGGACGCCUCCUCUGCAGCACUCCCCGGGCAUGAUCCGGAGACUCGUGGCCAUAUCCCCCAGCAGCAGACCCAAAUUAAAUACGGGGCAGAUUCAGGAGGCCAUAGGAGAAGCUGUGAACGGCAUCGUCAAGCAUUUCCACAAGCCGGAGAAGGAGAGGGGCAGCCUGACGUUGCUGCUGUGUGGAGAGUGUGGACUGGUUGCUGCAUUGGAGCAAGUUUUCCAGCACGGAUUCAAAUCCCCCAGACUUUUUAAAAGUAUCUUCAUAUGGGACUUUUUAGAAAAAGCACAAGCCCACUAUGAUGCCCUGGACCCGAGUGACGCAGCGCUGGGCGAGGACUGGCAGAAACGAGUCCGCACCUUCAGCCGCUUCAUCACCGCCAUAAACAGCACUCCCAGAAACAUCGGCAAAGAUGGAAAGUUCCAGAUGUUUGUGUGUCUAGGAGCGCGGGAUCACCAUUUGCACCACUGGAUUGCCCUCCUGGCCGAUUGCCCCAUCAUAGCACAGAUGUACGAGGACACGGCGUUAAUAAAGGACCACACCCUCGUCAACUCAUUAAUCCGCGUCCUGCAGACGCUGCAGGAGUUUAACAUAACCCUGGAGAGCUCCCUUAUCAAAGGGAUCAACAUCUGACCCUCACCCCACAGCGUAGCCAAGCCUGUCAGUGCACGGAGCGGUGCCGCCAUCUCGCCGUGCAAUAUAUUAGAGUAUCUCUAUGUAUGUAAAUGCUAUAUGACUGGUUCCAUCCUUUCGUAUGUGAGAGGUGACCGUGAAUAUCGCACAGCUUAUUGUCAAGCUGUUCUAUUUAAUCGCCAUGGAGGCCACGUGGAGAGUCGCCGCUUCCCCGUCUGUUACAUUUUCGGAUAUUUGCUUCAUCGGCGUCUCAUCCUUUGUUUGCUAUUACAGGAAUGAAAACAGAUUCUAUAUUUUUAACUCCUCUCGUGCUGGACCACUGUGUUCCGGAGUUAUGUGGGGUUUUCCUCGUCAGUAUUAACUUGUGAUUAGCUGGACGUGGAGAGAGUGUUUCUAGAUUGCGCCAUAAAUGCACAAAGCGUGUUUUUUUAUUCUUAUGCAUCAUUUUAUUUAUUUAACUCUUCAUGUUCUCCUAACGGCUUACAGGCCUCUCCCCGGCACAGAGGGCACAUGAUGAAGGAGGGCAUUCUCUUUUGGAUUGCCCCCUUGCCGGCCAUUCGCUCCUUGUCUGCCCAGAACGCGGCUGAGGUUUACUUUAUUAUGUGUUUUGUCUGGGAUGAGUUCAUUAGGCUGCUCCAUGCAAUAAACAGGCGGCAGUCCGGCCACUCAUCGUCUCCUCGCCACCGUCGGCUGUCUGGUUCUGGCGCAGGAGGCAUUUUGCACAGGUCAGGUUAGAAAACAGAAAAAAAUAAAUACAUUUACACAAU